UUCUCUCCGUCUCUCAGCUCUCGCAUCAACAACCGCCACCAAUAACUCUCUGUAUUCUUUCUCUGUGUGUGUCUUACUGUGCUCGUGCAUGGACUUCUCCUACCUCUUCUCGUCGUCGUCCUCGGAGAAGAAGUCAUCGAAGCGCCUGCAGCAGCAGCAGCUGCUGCAGCAACAGGACAACAACAGCAACGAGACAAGGUACCUCGGGGUGAGGCGGCGACCGUGGGGCCGGUACGCAGCGGAGAUCCGGGACCCGGCCACCAAGGAGCGGCACUGGCUCGGCACGUUCGACACCGCGGAGGAGGCCGCCAUCGCCUACGACCGCGCCGCCCGCAACAUCCGCGGCGCAAACGCCCGCACCAACUUCGCCUACCCCGACCUGCCGCCGGGCUCCUCCGUCACCCCAUACCUCUCCCCGGACCUCUCCGCCGACCAGCUCCAGCACUACUAUUACGCCAAUAACGACCCCGUAGCGCCCGCCGCUGAUCAGCCGCCAACGCCGGCGUGCGAUCAGUCCGCACAUGGCGGCGCCGCCGGCACCGAGGCCUAUCAGUACUACCACCACGUGCCAGUGGAGAUGAUGUCGUCCUACGGCGCUGCCGAGGGUGCGUCGGUAAUGGACUACGGCGGGAACCCCGAGAUGGGCAUGUACUUCGAAGGAAACGGCUCUGGUGGUGACGACGACAGAGCGUGGUGCGAGGCGUCGUCGGAGCUGUUGUUCGGUGGUUACAGCGACGAUGCGGCGGCGGCGCCGGCCAACGCGUCGCACGGGAUGUACUUCGAGGAAGGGUACGUGCACAGCCCAAUGUUCUCGCCGAUGCCGGCCGCCGAUGAGGUCGAUGGGUUCCAGCUCGGCGGGCCAUCGUCGUCUUCCUAUUACUACUGAUUAAUAUGCUUCGUCGUCGCAUAUAGUGCAGUGUUAUCGUUUGGUCGUCUCUCUGCUGCUUUGGUCAACGGCGGCUUGGCGCCCGCCGGAGGGGGCUACAUUGCCUCCGGCGUGGUGAGUGUGUGUUUGCGGUGUGCUUGUUUCUUCGCUACUACAAGUAUUUGACUUGCUGUGUACAGUAUUUUAAUCACGUACGUGCGUGCUUGUUUGUAAUAAGGCCAGUCGAUCUCGGCUUGUAUAAUGCAAUUCUCUUAUUGGA